UGCACUACGUGUAUUAAAAUUUAUGCAUUAUUCAUAAGGUUAUAAUUUUACAGCCUGAAACAUGUUUUCAAAAUUAUUAAUACUGACACGUGUAAUAUUAUGUAUUAGUGGACAACAGUUUGGUUUCCCUGAAAGUGUUGAAGACAAUACCAAUAGAGAUAAUCGAUCUGCUCUUUAUAUUCCUGGUCGAUGCAAAGAAAAUGAACUCUUGUAUCCAGGAGACCAAAAAGAUGAUUGGAUUUGUGAUUGUGGAGCAGGCACAAUUUACCACCCGCAGACUGACAAGUGCUACCCUAUAUACCGCCGUGGACCUUGCAGAGAGGGACAACAUUUAAUUCUUCCUAAGGGCAAAGCUAUACCUCAAUGCGAGACAAAUCCAUGCAAUGAAAACUCUGCUUUAUACCGAGGAAUAUGCCAGUCAUUUGGUACAAUUGGUACAUGCAGGGUACCCGAACUUGGUAGAGUUAUAGGGGUAAAUACACUGACAUUAGAGGUUGAUUGUGUAGGUCCCAAAUUAGCAAACAGAUUAGGCGAAACUGAUAUAGAAGUUGAAGAAGGCAUUUGCAAAGGAUCAAAGAGGUUUUAUAGGGGAACAUGUGUUGCUUAUUAGAAUUUUUAAGAGAAAUAUAAUUUUCCAACUCUUUAUCGAGAAUUUUAAAAAGAGCACAAACCUAAUCUUAAUCCAAUUGUUCACACCAAAGUUGGGUUUAGUUAUAUCACAAUCAAAUUGAAUUUUCCUUCAUUGAAUAAUUUUUUCUCUG